AUGCAUCUGUUGAGAAAGCGCUAUCCAAAGCAUUCACCCACUAAGUCUGGCUCUAAACAUGCCCACUAUUGGACCAAUUCAGAGGAGUCUGAUGCCUCCUCCAAGGAGCACUCCCACUUGCAAAACACCACUGGAAACGUGUUGGGGCUAAACCCAGUCUUACCAAAGGCAAUGUGCCCCUCAGGGAAGUCAAACAGAGUCAGGUGAGUUGACUACACUGCUGGCACCUGAUAUCUCCUCAGAUGAGAAACUAUAACUGCCCCAUUCCUUCUUGGUCCUCGAUGAGUGGCAGGCCGACUCAUGAUUUGGAUACACGCAUUUGGGAUUUUAACUCCAAGUUGGAUUCUAUGUUCUUUUGGAAGACCUUUAUGGGUGAGCCCCAGAUGAACAAAGAUGUAGAUGGUGCGGAGACACCUUACCAAGUAGACGUGCGUAGACACCUUCCCAAGUGGACGCUGAGGUUUUCAUGAACACUACAGGUGAUUCCAUAUUUGACCCACGGAACAUCAAACAUUCACACUCUGGGGACUGGACGCCAUCAGAUCACCUCACAAAAGUGUAUGCACUUCUGUCCGCACAUAUUCUGUGUGCCCACGCCCUUCACUGCCAAACAAGGUUACAUAUACACCUGAAUUUGACCAGUUGAUGCUGGCCUUUAUGGCUUGUGGUGGCAGGGACCUACAAAAAGAAGUCGAAAGAGGGUGUAGGAGUGCGCAGGACAAGCUCCUGGAUGCCAUUGGGCCACUGAUCUGUAUCAUGUACCGGCAGAUAGAGCAUAAUCCAGAGCCGAAGCUUUUGAUGUCGACAUGGUAAGUGAAUGGCCACACAACAUCAGGGUGUGGGAACAGAGGUUUCCUGGUAAAUACUAAAGUGGCGCUCUCUUCGGAGAGGCGCCAAGCAGCACUGUUCCACAUAGACAGAUAAAUGGCAGAUCUAGAAGCCAAGGAAGUCGGCCCGCAGGCACAAGUGAUCACCUCCUGAACAAAGUGCAGUCAUCCAUGAGUGAAGUCUUCAGGGGCUACACCUCCAGUAGUGUUUUUGGCAGGGCUGGAUGGCAACAGGACAGUGCCACCAGCCGCUUCUAGCCAUCCGGCCCCAGGCGGCACAGCCGCAACCCUUCUACUCAGAGGUGGGAAGCAGACAAUGCUCUUAAUAUUUUAGGACAGAGGCUGUGGAGACCAGGGCUGAACUUGGCCCAGAUUUGCCUCAGGUAUGAAACCCUCUAGUAACUGUAAUUUACUUUUCCGACUGCAUGCCUCCUUUCUCAUUUUAUUUCCAGGAUUGGGAAAGUUUAUCCACAGGACAGUAACUGGUUUAUCCAUCUGGACCUCAAAGACAUUAUCUCUCUGUCCCCACAUAAGGGGAUACGGAAACCUUUAUCUCUUUUCUGUGGCAAGGGAAACCGUGGCAUUUCACCUUCCUUCAAUUUGGACUCCGUUCGGCUCUAUGGUGCUUCAUAA